AUGAAGGGGAGAGGUGCUGAAAGAAAUAACCUUGAUGGAGAUAUAGUUCGUGGUUUGCAAGCCUUGCUCGAUCUUCAUAAUGUGUUGGUUAAGUCUUUUAGAAUGGCGAGGGAGAAGGUGAACCAGCACGAAGGUUGCGACUAUGGAGAAUGGAAGGCAGAAGAUACAAAAACUGGUACCACCUCAAACCCACAAAGCAGAUCAUCAGACAGAAACCCAGAUCCACCCACUGACACUAAUAAGGAGCAAGACUCCCCCUCAGACAAGGGAUCAGACAGCUUAAGACUCCUCACAGACAUAGCAGAAAACCAUGUCCUAUGGACACUCAAGGGCCAAAGCAGAGAACAUGGAAAAGAAUUGGAGCUAAAGAAGGCAGACUCCAGAGAAAUAGCUCAGAAGACCUUAAAACCCAGGAUCAAGGAACCAAAAGAGGCAGAAUAG